AUGGCCUCUCUCACCACCAUCCCACGAGAACUCCAAGAGAUGAUAUUCAGCCAACUUCUCAUCUCCAUCGAAGACUUCCAGGUCACCAACUACUUCCGCAUCACCGCCAAAAACAUCCCCAACGUGGAUAUCCUCCUCGUUAACAAACAAAUACGUCACGACUACCAAUCCAUCGCAGACGAAAAAUCUUCCAUGACCAUCUACAACCAUUCGCUGCAUCCUGGUCAUUGUAUGCCAGUGAUAUCAGGAGGAAAUUUUAUGCCGCAUGAAUACAUCUCUAUUGGAAACGGUGAUAUGAGUUUAUCGGAUGCAGAAAACCUUCCCAAACUCCCCUUUCCAGCCUUGCGUAUCCCCGUCCUCAACUUGGACCUCGAAUGUUCCCACUCGCAAUCCAAUGCGGGAGAACAACUCGCCAUUCUCGAAACUUGGACUUUUGGAAUUAUCGACCAAUUUCAACGAUUUCAACAACAGGAAAAACAAUUCCAAGAAUCAAUACAAUAUAUAGAACAAUUUCUGAAAAAAAUUGAACAACAACAGGAGAAGCACAUGACAAAGAAAAACAAAAAGAAGAACAGAAAGAACAAAAAGAAAAAUUCAACAACAACCCCACGACUCCCAUUCCCAUCACCACCACCAUUCCCACCCCCAAUCAAACACAUCACCCUCGACAUCAUCAUCACCAGCCCGACCAUCCGCGUCCGAGAUUUCGAAGCUGAAAUGUUAGCCAGUGGAAACUGGACAGGAAUGCCGGUAUUGAAAAGUCUACGAAUUUGGCGGGAUAAGAGUGAUGAUCGUAUCGUGGUGUGGAAGAGUAUGUUGGGGCUGUUGGAUCGUGAGGGAGAGAGGAGUCUGUUGAUGGAGUGGGAGAGGGAGAGGGCGAGGUUUUGGUGGAAGGGUGGGGGGAAAGAGAGGGAGGAGGAGGAGGUGAAUACGGGGAUAGGGAUGGGGGAUGAGAGGGAUGAGAGGGAGAUGCGGGAUUUACAGGCUUUUUUGGAUGAGUUGAAGAAUGUUGGAAUACAGGUACCUAUAAGUACCUAA